CGGGAACAAGACAGACUGCGCUCUUCUUUAAGUCUUGCAUCCCUUGUCACGUUCUCUGGAAAAAUAGAGUUAAAAAGAUUGAGUGAUCUCCUGUAUCUAGGCAUCUCCUUCUAAAGCAUCGCAUUCGCGUAUGAUCUUGGGUACGACUAUCGAGAAACUGUGAAGUUCUCGCUUGCCGACGCGGAGAAGGCCAUUCCCUUUAGCAGCGAGCGGAAGCGGGCAACGGUAGUGGUUAGAGAUCCAACAAGUGGUGGCUAUACCGUUUUCGUGAAGGGCGCUUCGGAGAUUAUUCUCAGUCUAUGCAGCAAAAAAAUCGGCCUCGACGGAU